AUGGGCAGCAACAGCAUGGUAACCCCGCUGUUGUUCGAGUGUUCAUUACACGGUAGAAUACCUGAGAGUUUGAGAGAAAAAGUGAUAGAAAGACUGGAAGGAAUUUGUGGUACAGCACCCAUCAACAUAUUUGAGCAUGAAAUUGGGUUCAUACCUUCAGUUCAAACACCUGAUGGACCAUCUCGGAAUGACGAUUUGUUGUUAAAGCUAAAAUCACCAAUCGAAGAAAAUGAUUUGACGAAACGUCAAUGGCAACUCUGUCAACUUGGUCAUCCAGAGACACGUUCUGGCCGAGGAGUCACGGUUAGAAGUGUGUUAUAUGCGAAAAUCCUAAAUGGUGAUGCGCUCAAAUUUUUGAAUGUUCUUGGAUACAAGUAUGCAUAUGAGUACGUGAAAAAAGGAAUUGUUUUUACCUUUCGGGACUUGUUAAGAGUUAAUAUUUCACAGAUCUUUACUUUGGAUAAAGUGCAUGACGUUUCGUCGCUAAAACCUUUUGAUGAAAAGAAUUACAUCGUGGAAGCGACAACCACGCUGAUAUUGGCCGAAGCAGUUGACGAGAAGUGUCAGGAAUUGUUGAAAUUUUCAGAGUUUUUAAGAGGAGCUGUUGAUUUACACCAUGUUGAUCAUUUGGUUUUGAAAAACAGAGUACAUUAUACCAAGUAG